AUGGCAAGAGUCAAGGCGGCCAAGAAGAUCCAGGCCUGGUGGCGUGGCACGCUGGUGCGGCGGGCCCUGCUGGCGGCCGCCCUCAGGGCCUGGAUGAUUCAGCAGUGGUGGAGGACAGUUGUGAGGAGGCGGAGACUCAAGCUGAGGCAGCGCCUGUUGCAAACCUAUGUGAUCCAGGAGCAGGCAGUGGUCAAGCUCCAGUCCUUGGUCCGCAUGUGGGAGUGCCACCAUCGUUACGGCCAGAUGUGCAAAGCUGUCUGUGUGCCCCAGGCCUCAAACACCUACCUGGCCUUCCCGCCUGAAGAGGUUUUGCAGGCACAGUUCAAAAACACUUCCAACCAGCUGGAGUUCCAUGUUGAAAUCCUUUCUAUCUAA